UGGUUAUCUCCGCGGUCCGAGCCAAGGAUGUUUUUAAUUUUUUUGUUUCUUCGCGGAGUGAUCACAAGUUCAAGCCUCUGAAGAAAAAUACCGAUGUUUAAACUUAUUUAACAAACAUAAAAUCUGUUCCUCUUCCUUCCUCAGGGGAAAUGUGCGUGUAAGUGGGUGUGUCGAGUGAGUUUAAACUUUAUGAUGAGUUAAAGUUUGAUCAUGGCCGUGUGGACCCGCGCGGAAAAACAGGGUCAUCUGGACCUGCUGCUGAGUGAUCGCUGGGUUCGGGUCUCCGCGGAACUCACACGGGACACUCUCACACUGACAGCGGAGGGCGAACCGAGCGGGCCCGCGGGGUAUUCGGAGCACAACUCUCAUUUAAGAAAUGGCGUUUCUAAUGGCAACGAACAGAACCGAGAUGUUUUUCAGAGCCGCGCACAUUACGACAGUCCGGGUCGGGUCAACGGGUCCGACUCGGAGUCCAGCGGUUAUUGUGACCCGGCGGGGCCGGAGGGGGUUCGGAGGGUUCGGAUAGUCAAACAGGAGUCCGGCGGUCUGGGGAUCAGUAUUAAAGGGGGACGGGAGAACCGUAUGCCCAUCCUCAUAUCAAAGAUCUUCCCGGGUUUAGCGGCGGAUCAGAGUCGAGCCCUGCGGGUCGGCGACGCGAUCCUGUCCGUCAACGGCAGCGACCUCCGCGAUGCCACGCACGACGCGGCGGUGCAGGCGCUGAAGAAGGCUGGGAAGGAGGUGACGCUGGAGGUGAAGUACAUCAGGGAGGUGUCUCCACUCUUUAAGAAGUCCUCGAUGGGCGCAGAUCUGCCUUGGGAUGGGCGUCUUCAGUCUCCAAACCUCAGCAGCAGCGACGAGUCGCCCAAGAGCAGUGUGACCCGUGACAGAAAGGUCAUCCCGCUCAAAAUGAGCUUCAUCAGCCGAAACCUCACCAUGCCUGACCUGGAAAACAGGUUGUUGGAGCUUCACUCUCCGGACGGCCAGCACACUGUGGUGUUGCGGUGUAAAGACGGGGCCUCUGCUCACUCUUGGUUCACGGCCAUUCACACAAAUGUCGCUGCCCUAUUGCCACAGACAAUGGACCACAUCAACUCUUUCUUAAGCAACCCCAGCGUCAACACACACUGCACGCUCAAACACAUCGGCUGGCUGGCUGAGCAGCUGGAGUUGGAUGGUGGGCGGCAUCAGUACAGACGAGUCGUCAUGGCACUCACAGAGAAAGACAUCUUGCUGUUCCAGGCAGUGCCGUGGACGUAUGAGAGCUGGACCUCUCCUGUCCUGACCCAUCCAUUGCUCGCUACACGACUCGUUCACUCAGGCAGCGUCCGUAGCUCUCCAGCUCUUGGUGGAGAUUUGGUGUUCGCCACACGUACAGGCACAGGUCGAGGCAUUGAGUCUCAUGUGUUUCGUGUGGAGACGCAUUGGGAUCUGUCCACAUGGACACGUGCGCUGGUGCAGGGUGGACAUUUGGCUGCUGAGCUCAUCAAAGAGGUUUCCAUAGGCUGUGUGUUGAACAGACAGGACGUGCGUCUGAUCCUGCAUUAUGACAGAGGUUUCACUGUGAAGCGGGAAUCUGGCGAAUCUGUGCUCUUUCACUUCCCCUAUGAGCGGCUCAAGAUGUCUGCAGACGAUGGAGUCAGGAACCUCUACCUGGACUUUGGUGCUCCAGAGGGCGAGAUGGUGUUUGAGCUUCACUCGGGGCCGAAGCCUGUGGUUUUUGUGCUUCAUUCGUUUCUCUCAGCUAAACUGGCUCGUUUGGGACUGCUCACGUAGAAUCAACAGCAAAUGAUGGAGGUUCAUUUAUUUCUUUGAUUUGUUGACAGCUAGUAUUUUUCUCAAGCAGUGUUUUCAUAGUUCUACUUCUCUUCUAGCCAACACAUUUGUUUUGGUUUUGUGUGUGUGUGUGUGUGUGUGUGUGUGUGUGUGUGUGUGUGUGUGUGUGUGUGUGUGUACUGUAUGUGUGAGCAUGAGUGUGUGACUUUCUAAAGCAGAAAACAAUCCCAUAUUCCUCUAAACAGGAACACCAGUCGUGCCUUCUCAUCUAGAGCCAACAAGCUUUUACAGAACAUUUUCAGGCUUAAGGUCACCGUAAAGCUUUGCAGAAUAACCCAAACAAACAUAUUAUUCUUGUAUUAUCUAUGUUGUUUGUUUUUCAUGUAACUCACCUGUAUUUAUAUGUAUCGCAUGGCAAAGACUGUUAUAUCUGUGUUAUAACCUUGAAUAUUUGUCAUUCGAAUGUGGCGGUAACAGACUGCCAUUCAUGCAAAUAUGGAGAAAAUGAAGCUUUAAAUGCAUUCCCUCGCAACUGACCAAAAAUAACCUCCUUAAAGUUAAAACUCUAUAAGGUGUUGAAUAGGAUUGAUUUCAUAUUUUGAAAAAAAAUAUUAUAUAAAGUAUAGGAACGUUUCAUUAGUUUAUCUGUACUCUACAUGUUAUAAGAAAUAUAUUUAACACAUUUAUGACCACACCAGCUCUAGGCCUUGAUUUUCUUUUUUUUUUUUUUUUUUUUUCAGCAUUAGAUGAGUGUUUAGUCCUUAUUACAGGCUUCCCACUGUAAUAAAAACCUGGAAAUAUCAGAGAAUUUUAAAAUUCUGAUGUCCAGGCUUGGAAAUGUGAAGGAAAUAAAUAAAAACUUAUUGUAAUUAAAUAAAUCGGGGGGGGAGGGGAAGUCCUAUUUCUAUAGUCAAUAUGCAUUUUGUAGUUAUAUUUAGCUCUGAAGAACUUUUUUUUUUUUUUUGAGUACAAUCAUUAUACAACAGCUUUUAUUAAUC